AUGCCUUCUAACAAAGACAUGCCGCUGCCACGCAUUGUCGAGUUGGCUGCCACGGUUAGCGACUCGGUCGCUAAGAUACAGCAGGUGCUGUUAGCCAAAGGCGCUCCUUGGCCAUCGUUCGACGAAAAUGCUCCAGACUCCCUUCCCAAGGAGGCGACCGAAGCCCAGAAUGCAGUGAUAGAUGCUGCUGCUGAGCUGUAUGACUUGAUGCUAGAUCCCUUGACUUUAGUAUAUAAACACUCUGGGGGCUAUCAAUUGACAGGCAUCCAAGUGAUAGGACGCUACGAAAUCGCCAAAAUGGUUCCUGCGGGUGGUCAGAUAUCUUAUGGCGAGAUCGCCAAGCAGACUAGUUUGAGCGAGCAUAUAUUUCGCCGCCUCCUGCGUCACGCAAUGACCCUGCGAUUCUUCUGCGAGCCACAGCCGGGCAUGGUGGCUCAUACGAAGGCGUCCAAGUUACUCUCCCGUCCCGACAUAAAUUCAUUCAUGAGUUUCAGUCCCGAAAUUGGCUGGCCGUCUGCUUUGAGGUUGCUGGAUGCCCUGGAAAAGUGGCCCGAGUCCCAGGAACCUAACGAGACGGCAUUCUCCCUCGCUAAUAAUAACGAAGGGUCUCUGUAUGAAGUCUUUGCCCGUUACCCGGAGAAGGCGUUGCGCUUUGCUGCGGGCAUGUCGACCUUUGCAGUCCUCCCCAGCUUCGGCCUAUCUUCUGCGAUAGACGGCUACGACUGGGCAGCGCUAGGUCGUGCGCGCGUUGUCGACAUCGGCGGCUCACAGGGGUCUUUGGCUGUAGCGCUCGCUAAGCGGUUCCCCGAUCUCAGCUUUGUCGUUCAGGAUAUGCCAGAAGUUGUUGAAGGGGCCGGUGCGACCUUACCGAGUGAGCUACGCGGCCGCAUUAGUUUCAUGGCCCACGACUUUUUCAAGCCGCAGACGGUGCGCGCUGAUGCCUAUCUUCUGCGCACUAUUUUGCACAACUGGUCGGACAAAUACUGCUUUCUAAUCCUGCAUGCCCUGGUGCCAGCCUUGAAGCAUGGUACAAAGAUACUCAUUAACGAAAUCUGUUUAUCUACGCCUGGUGCCAUACCUGCGCACCUAGAGCGCGAUAUAAGAUCCCAUGACUUAGGCAUGAGGGCGCUUUUCAACUCACAAGAGAGGGACUUGCAAGAGUGGAAAGACUUGUUGGCUGCAGCCGACAGGAGAUUCGUAUUCCAGGGCAUAUCGCAGGUCCCGCGCUCGGCUUUGGCCGUUAUCGAGGUGAUUUGGGAUGAAAAUGCAUGA